AUGGCGUCAAAACGGAACGUGGUGACCCUGUCAUCAAACGUGAGGAGUUUGGCACCACGGCAAUCCCAACUCUGUCGCAACCAGCAACGAGGCUUUGGAAGUCUUCUACCCCGAAACGCUUAUGACUCAUUACGGCGACCUAUACACUGGACAAGAUGCGAGUCCAAACCUCGAUUGUUCUCCCACACGACCGCACAGUACUACAAGAGUGUGCAGGAAGCCAAAUCGAGACAUAAGACGGGGGUGUUCUCGUGGAAAGCUGCCGUGGUAUUUGUCAUAACGGGCAUCGGUCUCAUCAUUUUCUUUGAGAGUGAAAAGGCCCGCUUAGAAAGGAAGCGUCUUGCCGAGCAGACGAAGGGAAUUGGAAAGCCCAAAGUUGGUGGACCCUUUCACUUGGUCGACCAUGACGGGAAUCCGUUCUCAAGUGAGGAUAUGAAGGGGAAGUACGCACUGGUUUACUUCGGCUUUUCCAAUUGUCCAGAUAUCUGUCCCGAUGAGCUCGAUAAAAUGGCGGUCAUGAUCGAUCUCACAAAACAAAAAGUGGGCAACGUGCUACGAGCCGUCAUGCUCACCUGCGACCCAGCACGAGAUAGCCCCGCGAUACUGAAGGAGUAUCUUGCGGAAUUUCACCCGGAUAUUAUCGGAUUGACGGGUUCAUAUGAGGAGAUCAAGCAGACUUGCAAGGCAUAUCGCGUCUACUUCUCCACGCCGGAGCAUGUGAAACCCGGUCAAGAUUACCUAGUGGAUCACAGCAUAUACUUCUAUCUCAUGGGUAAGCCGGUCCAACCCGCGUGUCCAUUGCGCAUGCCCAGGGCUAAUGUUGGUCACCUAGAUCCGGAAGGAGAUUUCGUCGAGGCAAUUGGACGGAAUUUCACAGCAGAGGACGCGGCCAGGGUCAUCACAGAGCACGUCAAAGAUUGGAAAGGCCCCUUGGACCGGAGUUAA